UGCGCGCGGGAACUCUGGUCGCGACGCUUGGACCGCUCCGGGAGGCUGCGACGACCGGCGAUGAAGGGCUGAAGCGUGGCCGCAAGGGAGGGAGGAAAAAGGGAACGCCCGCUCGUGCGCCAUGGCGAGGAUGCCGCUCUCCCCGCAGCGGCACGAGGUCUCCAGAAGGGACGGGAACAGAUCAGGCUCGCCGUGCCGGCCCGGGGUGUGCGGGGAGGACGCCGCCUGCAAGGUGCUGCCCGGGAACGCGCACACCUGCGUGUGUCCGCACGACGGCUCGCCGCCCACGCAGGACCUCAGGUGCCCCCGGAGGAACACAGUUCCUGUCAACCCGAUGCAAAUCCGCAACAUUAACAUGCCCAGUGGUGCCAAUGUCACAACCAACGGUACCAGUACUGCAAACCUUACAGCCAUCAUGCCCAAAGUUACCGAACAGGCGGAGCGGGCGGUGCGCGCGCAUGCGCAGACGUCGCCCGAGGUGAUCGCGACGGUGGCGGUGCCGUGCUUGCUGCUGGCCGUGUCGCUCGCCGCCUGCCUGUGGAAGUGGAAGGCGGUGCGGCGGUGCGCCGGCCGGCCCGCCAAGUCCCGCGACCAGUCCUGCAACGGGUCGCCGGCCAGCCUGAGCAAGGGACUGCUGGUGGCGGGCCGCUACACGGCCAACCCGCAGUACAGCGUGUGCGAGUCGCGCGACUCUGUGCCCGUGCCCGUCAUCCCUCACGACAGCGUCGCCUUCCUGCAGGAGAUCGGCGAGGGCUGCUUCGGCAAGGUCUACAAGGGAGAGCUGAGGAGGAAGGACAGAGGUGAACCGGAAGUGGUGGCAGUGAAGAUGCUCAAAGAGUCGGCAACUCGAGAGGCUGAAGAGGACUUCAUGAGAGAAGUGGACAUAAUGAGCACCUUCAGGCAUACCAAUAUUCUGUCGCUCAUUGGUGUGGUCCUCAGAAGUAGCAGCCACAGCCCGUGGAUGGUGUUCGAGUUCAUGCCGCACGGAGACCUCGCAGGUGUUCUCCGCAGCAACAGCAAGCAGUUCUGGAAGCCCGUGUCUGGUCUGCUGCCCUUGGACAAGAACCUGCUCCUGAGCAUUGCCCAGCAAAUCGCUGCCGGGAUGUGCUACCUCGCCUCGCAGAGAUUUGUCCACCGCGACCUGGCUUGCCGCAACUGUCUCGUCGGAUCGGGCUACAUCGUGAAAAUUGCGGACUUUGGCAUGAGUCGAGACGUCUACACCUGCGAUUACUAUAAGAUUGGUGGAUCUCGCUUGCUGCCAAUCAGAUGGAUGGCCCCAGAGAGCAUUAUGUACGGUCGAUUCACUCUGGAGUCGGACGUGUGGUCGUUUGGAAUCGUCCUGUGGGAGAUAUACAGCUUUGGAAAGCAACCAUAUUAUGGGCACACCAACGAAGAGGCGAUAAAGCUCAUACUGCAAGGCAUCAUGCUCAUUCCCCCGGACGACUGCCCGGCCGUGGUGUGCGAGCUGAUGCGGUCGUGCUGGAAGACUGAGCCGAGGGACCGGGUACGCUUCCUGGAGAUACACGACCAGCUGGAGAAGGCGAGGCCCCCCGGGGGCGGGGCACCGUCCCCCCGCCUGCCGAGGCCCCCGGAGGCGUUCCCCGUGGGGCAGCUCCGGGCGGCGGAGCUCGUGGACGCUGACGACUACCUCCGGCCCCGGGUGCCGCCCGCGUCGCAGACGGAGUACCUGCAGCCACUCCCCGACUGAGUGCCUCCCGGUCUCGCUGCCUAGGGACGUCCGGGUGGGAAGUUACCAGUGCCGACGUUCUGCCUCCCGCCAAGCCGGCGUGCGGUCUACCUCUUUCACGAGUCGAUAACCACGGACAACGAAAACGACGCGAAACAAAGCGUGCCAAAAACAGAUGUGGAGUAAAAGUUCUGUGUGCCAGAUUCAACUGAAUUACAGCCGUCAAUCUCCUCGGCAUUGUGUGUUCAUUGAUAAUACGUGUAUUGAAAUCUCAUUUGUACAUUUUUUUAUUUUUUGAUUAAGACUUUUAUUCUUUCAUGUUUUGUGUGUGCUAAAAUGUGUUUUUACAGUUCCUGCAAAACUUUACAAUUUUAAGCUGUACCCAAAACAAAUACAGCCAUAAAUGUGGGUUUGUUAUAAGUUGUUAGUUAAUUUAUCCCACUUACAUCACCACAUCUAAGUGUACAAAAGUAUAAACAGUCUUUCUAGUGACUGUCAAUAAAUGGAGUGCAGGCAAUUUAUGGUCCGCCACAAGGCUUAGACAGUGGCACACCACACUAAAAUUAUUUAGGACCUUGGUGGCCAUGUUUGCUUAGGCAUCUCACUCAUGUGGCAAGGGAUGCCCAGCAUCCCAGCAUAACUAAAAUCUAUGAGCACCAAAUCAGUACCCAAAUGGUUCGGAGUGCAUUACGAACUUGGAGGUGCAAUAGCUUUGAGGGGCCCACUUUGUGUGGUACCUCGUCCUAAGCACACGCUCUGAACUGGCCCACAGUCUUCUCAUCGUGCAUAGGACAACUGUGAGGUCUGAGCGGUGACCGUAACAUUAUAUGGAUGAGAAAUUAAGAUAUAUUGUGUAAGGAAGGCCCUCGAGUGCCUUCAAGAAUCCGUACCAGGCGUUUCAUAUCUUAAAAUUAUUCUUAAAUAAUGUUCACUCUCCUAAGAAUACAGUUUUAAAUAUAAAAAAAUAGAAAAGAGAACUAAUCAUCCACCUUCAACGUACUCUUAAAUACUUUUUGUAAACAGACAAUACUUGGAUAUGUCGAGCAGAUUCUAAAUUGCUUGGGUUCAUCUGAAGCUCUGCAUACCACAUGUCCCAGGAAAGCGAGAUCCUCAAGUAGUAGGUAUCUGUGCAUAACCUUGCAAUUGUAAAAAUCUUUAGCAAUAAAUAAAAAUAACAGGAAAUAACUACUAAACUGCAGAGUAAAUUAAAAUCAAACAAGCUAUCAAUUAUACAAAAAAAAACUUCAUUUACAAAUUGUUUUCCAAUCACUAUAAAUUUUUUUUUUGAUGGUCCUGACACGGUGCUCAGCUAUCAUUACGUUCUUUCACAAACUGAAUAAAUUAAGUGGAAGGGUGAAAUAGAAGUAAUUUGGUGGAGAGAGGUAGGUUGAUACUAAAAAGACUAUUCAUAACAAUUUGAUUUAUAGAUUUCUGAAUUUUUUUUUAGUUGACCCUUACUAUUGAAUGAUUUGCCAACUCUGGUCUAAAUAAAUCAGCGAGUCGCAAUAUAAUUUAUUUUUCACUAGUUUUAUUUCAGAACUAUCUAAUGUCCAGCAUGUGUUACAAUGCCUCAUUCAAUUUUUUUUUAUUUGUAAUAGCAAUAGGUAUACAUAUAACAUAUAAGGCAUCUCUCUCUCUCUUUCUAUAUACAUUC